AGGAAGCGAAAAGAGAGAAACCGGAGAAAGGAGAGAAUGGAGCGGCUGAAUCCACAACAUCAGGAGGAAUAAUAACCCGCAGAAGAGAGAACUAAAGAAGAGUGAAGACGGAGGAGAAGACGGAGAAACUCGGAGGAGAAAAACUUUCCCGCGGGGGGAAAACUGUUUCAGACUCAACAGACGGCCACGUUUGACAACAUGGAUACACUUUUCUCCGUAUUCCUGGGACUCCUGUCUCUCCUCUCGGCGGUUGGUAACGUCUCCGGCCAGAUACCGACAGCUCACAUGGGGCGCGCUGAGAAGGGGAGCUGUUCGUUUGAUGAGGGCUUCUCUCAGUGUGAUUACCAGCAGGAUCCCUAUGAUGACUUUGACUGGACGCACAUCAACACCCAGGAAGUGCCGUACGUCUCUACAGACCUGCCACAAGGUUCCUACAUGUAUGUGGACGUCUCUCAGUACGAUGUCGGGGAGAAGGCCAGGUUCCAGCUGCCGGUCAUGAAGGAGAAUGACACCCACUGCAUCGACUUCAACUAUCUCCUCACCAGUCCUGAUGGCUCCAGCCCCGGCACCCUCAACGUCCUGGUGAAGGUAAACAAGGGUCCAUUGGCCAACCCCAUAUGGAAUGUGACAUCCUACACUGGUAAAGACUGGCUGAGAGCCGAACUCGCCGUCUCCACCUUUUGGCCCAAUGAAUAUCAGGUCAUAUUUGAAGCAGAGGUUUCGGACAGCAAAGCCGGCUUCAUCGCCAUUGACGACAUUCAGGUGCUCAGCUAUCCGUGCGAUAAAUCCCCGCAUUUCCUGCGUCUUGGGGACGUGGAGGUGAACGCUGGACAAAAUGCCACAUUUCAGUGCAUCGCUACAGGACGUGACACUUCCAACAAUAAGCUCUGGCUACAGAGGAGAAAUGGAGAAGAUAUUCCUGUGGCCCUGACCAAAAACAUCAACCACAGACGUUUCGCCGCCUCCUUCCAUCUCAAAGAAGUCACUAAUCAGGAUCAAGAUCUGUACCGCUGCGUCACCCAAUCAGAGCGCGGCUCCGGGGUGUCUAACUUUGCGGGUCUUAUUGUCAGAGAGCCCCCGCACCCCAUCGCCCCACCCCAGCUGCUGGGCGUCGGCCCUACAUAUCUGCUGAUCCAGCUGAAUGCUAACUCCAUCUUUGGAGAUGGACCCAUUAUACUGAAAGAGGUUGAGUACCGUAUGACAUCUGGCAGCUGGACGGAGACUCACGCUGUGAACUCUCCCAACUAUAAAUUAUGGCAUCUUGACCCAGACACAGAGUACGAAAUCAGAGUAUUACUAACCAGACCAGGAGAGGGAGGGACCGGCAAACCUGGACCACCACUCAUUACCCGCACCAAAUGUGCAGAACCUAUGCGGACCCCGAAGAGGCUAAAGAUCGCUGAGACCAGGUCUCGUCUGAUAGCGGUGGACUGGGAAUCACUGGGUUACAACAUCACUCGCUGUCACACCUUUAACGUCACCAUCUGCUACCAUUAUAUGACUGCCAACAACCACAGCAAAGCCGACUGCUUGGACAUGGACCCUAAAGCACCACGCCACCUGGUGGGAAACCUGCCACCCUACACCAACGUCAGUCUGAAGAUGAUUCUGACCAAUCCAGAGGGACGGAAAGAGAGUGACGAGACCAUCAUACAAACCGAUGAAGAUGUUCCAGGCGCAGUUCCCAGUCAAUCACUAAGAGCCACCCCAUUUGAGGACAGAAUCCUGCUUUACUGGAAGGAGCCAGCUGAACCCAACGGAGUCAUCAUACAAUAUGAGAUCAGCUACAGUGGUGUGCGGUCAUUUGACCCUUCGGUGCCUCUCCAGAGGCCAGGACUCACAGUGUCUCUGCCCUCGAACGCCACCCAUCACCUCUUUUCCCAGCUCCACCCGGGUGUCACGUACCAGCUCUCUAUACGCGCAUCCACCUCCAAAGGGUUCGGUCCUGCAACCACGCUCAACGUGACUACCAAUAUUUCAGCCCCGACAAUAGAUGAGUACGAUGGGUCGGAGGCCUUUCUGAAUGAAACUGCAACAACCAUCACUGUCCUGCUCAAACCUGCCCAGGCUAAGGGAGCACCUAUAAGUGCGUACCAGAUUGUGGUGGAGGAAGUGAAUCCACAGCGGACACGUCGUCAAGCUUCCUCUGACUGUUACGAGGUCCCAGUUUCCUACCACAGUGCAUCCAGCGGUGGAUCUCCAUAUUAUUACGCCGCCCAGCUGUCCCCAAGCAACCUGCCUGAGCCGCUCCCCUUCACUGUGGGAGACAACAAGACAUAUCAGGGUUUCUGGAAUCCUCCACUGGCUCCAAGAAAGAACUACAACAUCUACCUUCAAGCUGUUAGCAGCACAGAGAGGGAGACUAAGACGCAGUGUCUGAGGCUGGCUACUAAAGGUGCUACAGAGGAGCCAGAAGUCAUCCCUGACCCCGCUAAACAGACGGAUCGGGUGGUGAAGAUCGCUGGGAUCAGUGCCGGCGUUCUCGUCUUUAUCCUGCUGGUGCUGGUAGCCAUCUUAUUGGUCAAAAAGAGGAGGACCUACUAUUCAUACUCUUAUUACCUGAAACUGGCUAAAAAACGAAAAGACGCCAUCGGAACGACUCGGCAGGAAAUGACUCACAUGGUGAAUGCCAUGGAUCGCAGUUAUGCUGACCAGAGCACUCUGCAUGGAGAGGACCCAAUGGCUGUGACAUUCAUGGACUCUCACAACUACAACAACAGAUAUGAGAACCACAGUGGCUCUGCAGCGGAGAACAGCCGGCUUCUGGAUGUCCCUCGGUAUCACUGUGAAGGAACUGAAUCUCCUUAUCAGACAGGACAGCUCCACCCCGCCAUCAGAGUGGCCGACCUCCUGCAGCACAUCAACCUGAUGAAAACAUCCGACAGCUACGGCUUCAAGGAGGAGUAUGAAAGCUUCUUCGAGGGCCAGUCGGCCUCCUGGGACGUGGCCAAGAAGGAGCAGAAUCGCACCAAGAACCGCUAUGGGAACAUUAUAGCAUAUGACCAUUCAAGGGUUAUUCUCCAGCCCAUAGAAGACGACCCCUCCUCCGACUACAUCAACGCCAACUACAUCGAUGGCUACCAGAGACCAAGUCACUACAUUGCUACUCAGGGUCCUGUUCAUGAGACGGUGUAUGACUUCUGGAGGAUGGUGUGGCAGGAGCAGUCAGCCUGCAUCGUCAUGGUAACCAAUCUGGUGGAGGUUGGAAGGGUUAAGUGCUACAAGUAUUGGCCAGAUGAUGCAGAGGUGUACGGAGACUUCAAGGUGACUUUCGUGGAGGUCGAACCUCUCGCUGAAUAUGUGGUUCGCACAUUUACACUGGAGAGGCGUGGCUUCAACGAGGUACGGGAGGUCAAGCAGUUCCACUUCACAGGCUGGCCUGAUCACGGAGUUCCAUAUCACGCCACGGGACUACUUUCCUUCAUCCGCAGAGUUAAAAUCUCCAAUCCACCCUCUGCUGGGCCAAUUGUGGUCCACUGCAGUGCUGGAGCCGGGCGCACAGGCUGUUUCAUAGUCAUCGACAUCAUGUUGGACAUGGCGGAGAGAGAAGGAGUGGUCGACAUCUACAACUGUGUGAAGGCUCUCCGCUCCAGGAGGAUCAACAUGGUACAGACUGAGGAGCAGUACAUAUUCAUCCAUGACGCCAUACUGGAGGCUUGUCUAUGUGGUGAAACAGCCAUACCGGUCUGCGAGUUCAAAGCUGCUUUUUACGAGCUGAUCCGCAUCGACUCGCAGACCAACUCGUCGCACCUGAAGGAUGAGUUCCAGACAUUAAACUCGGUGACUCCUCAGCCUCAGCCUGAAGACUGCAGCAUCGCGUUGUUGCCUAGAAACCAAGAUAAGAACCGCUUUAUGGACGGCCUUCCUCCUGACAGAUGCCUUCCCUUCCUCAUUACAAUAGACGGAGAAAGCAGCAACUACAUCAAUGCUGCUCUGAUGGAUAGCUACAGACAGCCUGCUGCAUUCAUCGUUACCCAGCAUCCUUUGCCCAACACCGUCAAAGACUUUUGGCGUCUGGUUUACGACUAUGGAUGCACCAGUUUGGUGAUGCUGAAUGAGAUUGACCUGGCUCAGGGCUGCCCCCAGUACUGGCCAGAGGAGGGCAUGCUGCGUUAUGGUCCGGUCCAGGUGGAAUGUAUGUCCUGCUCCAUGGACUGCGAUGUUAUCAGCAGACUCUUCAGAGUCUGCAACCUCACCAGGCCUCAGGAAGGCUACCUGAUGGUUCGUCAGUUCCAGUACCUGGGCUGGGCGGGACAUAGAGAGGUUCCCGCCUCCAAACGCUCCUUCCUCAAACUGAUCCUGCAGGUCGACCAGUGGCAGCGCGAGGGAGAGGAGGGUGAGGGAAGAACCAUCGUGCACUGCCUAAACGGAGGCGGGCGCAGCGGCGUUUUCUGUGCCAGCAGCAUCGUGUGUGAGAUGGCCAAGAGGCAGAGUGUGGUCGACGUCUUCCACGCCGUAAAGACCUUGAGGAACAGCAAACCCAACAUGGUGGACACUCCGGAACAGUAUCGGUUCUGCUACGACCUGGCACUGGAGUUCAUCGAGUCCUCUUAAACAACGGAGAGAAGAGGAGGAGGAGGAGGAGGAGGAGGUGAAGAAGAGCAGAACAUCUCUUCACUUCCCGCACGUUUGAUCCUUUGCUUUCGCUUGGUCCCGACUCCCCUCUGUGGUGGCCACUCUGUAGCACCCAUUUUGCGUCCCUACGAAGGGCACGAGCGAAGGCGGCUCCUCGCACAGUGCUUGAAGUAUCCAAACAAAGGGAAACGUUCAGACUUUUAACCGAAGGAGCUGCUGGGAGUGCAGCGCAGGGGGAGACGUUACUCCUUUUACUCCUUUACGCUUAUUAUACAGCUUUUUGAGUGCCAGCGGGCCCCUGUAUGUUUUGGGCCCUGUUUAAAUGUUUAGCGUCCCACCACAGACCCCCCCCCCGUGACGACUUGAUGCCUCAUGCUGUCUCAGCUGCAGUACUCAAUGUGCACUGUAGAUGUCUCCCUUCUCCCCUGCAAGCUGCAAACACACAGCUUUUGAAUAACUGCAAGUUUUCAGUGGCCCCACAUUCCUGCUCUCAUGCUAAUUUCCGAGUAUCUUAACAGUGUUGGGCAUCUCAUCAUGAUGUUUGAAUAUUUUCCACCAGUACUUUUGUACAAGAACGACAAACUUACAGUCACAGCCUGGCCAAACUCUGUGAAUGCUUCUGUUUUUUACUCCAUACAUCAGCAGCAUCUUCUUGUUAUUAUUUUAGUCAUUUCAGACUCUGAGUCAGAGCAUUAUUGUGUAUUUAGGUACAUAACAGCCACUCGAACCCAUUUCACAUUGGCUACAUGCAACAGAUUGUCAGAUACGUAGCCGUGAAAAAUAACCUUAAUGUCAGUACAAGUUCGCUAAUUAGAUAAAGUAGCAUUUAAGAAAGAAAAACAGAAAGUUUACAGGGGGAGUGUUGUUGGUUUUUUUUUUUACGAUAUAAUAUCAUGAAGUGAUAACUUGAAAAAAAUGUGUACGAUUUUUGCUAAAACGCAAAACAAAAAACAUGUGAUAUGUGUCAUUGUUCAUGUUCUCUGCAGCCAUUCUGAGCUGCAGAGUCGAUCUUCUCUGCUUUCGUUGCAUCACUUCCUGAUCUGCUGGAUAGAGGCUUCGAGGUCUUCUACGUACCCCAAAUUGUAAAAACCGAACACUUAAGAUUUUUUUCAACCAUGUGACAUUAGCAUAAUCAUGUUUGUUUCAGGGCUGGGCCCAAUGCACUUUCAAUUCAGCCAAUUCACAAAUGGGAUAUUUUAUUCCAAAUACAAAUUGGGUAGGAGGGACUGAGCUCAGAGAAAAGACUGAGGAUAAAUGCUCUUUGAUGAACCGAUAAAUAACAGUUUGGGUUGAAUGGAAUUGGAAGUGAACUGACCCCAGGCCUCACUUGUUUUGUGCACUGGCGGCCAACACUUUUCUCUUUGUUUUUAUUGUUGUUUUGUAGCUGAUGUUUAUUCAUAAGCCAAAGACUUUGUGUAAAUAUGUCUAUAUGGAUAAAGCACAUUGUUUGUAUUUAUUGUUUGUUUACUUGCAUUGCUUGUAAGAACAAUCAUUCUUCAUUCCAUGUUUACUCCACCACCAGCGUUUCUUAAACUGUGGGCCGGGACGCAAAAUGGGCCACGAGUCUGUUUCCUCUGGAGCACUGAGAGUGUUAGUAUGAUUUAAUGAGCCCAUAAUGGGUCCCGAGGUAAGAGGCUACAUCUGCCCAAUUUGGGUCAAUGAAGGGAAGUUUAAGAACCCCUGAUAGAAGCUGUAUAUUAAAGCAUUAGAAGUAGUUUUUCAGUAUUUAGGUGGAAUUCAGUAGUAUUGUCUUGCUUUCACUUAUUGAAACUCUGUGAUGUUACCGUGGUUUAUUUGUGUAAAAGCCCCAUCGCUCUGUUUGUGGUCAGUGGAACAUCAGCGCAUUUAUAUGCACAGAGUAUUUUGGAUAAUAGCUCCUAUCCCUCUUAACGUCUUAGUCGGGAUAAGCUGUUUAUCUUCAUCCUUAUAUCCUGCUCACCAUUAUCCCUGAAUACACACGGACUCAGUGAUGCAAACAGGCUUAGUGAGUGAAACAUGCAGGACUGUGGAACAGAAACAUUUAUUGUGCCUAAUCAUUUGAAUUUCCUUGUUGAUGCAAGCAUUUUAACAGCUUCUUAGAUCGCAACCAGGGCGAAUGCGUUCUCAUGGACGAUCAAUGUUUUGAGUACCUUUUGGACCAUGAUUCAGUGUGUUUUAUUAAUCAGAACGCUUCAUGAAUUCUUUGUGAGGCUUUACCGAAUACCAGAUGUGUUUCUGUUGUGCACAAAACUGAUUCAGAAAAGAACAAAAAAACUUUAUUGUAAAUAAAAUGUCAGAGGUUCCACUUGGUUGGGACAAGAGUAGCACAGGUCUACUGUUAAGGAUGUUAUUGUAAAUAGACUUUCACGAGAACCGGAAAAGGCUCUAUUGUUGGACGAACAGUAGAGAUUUAGAUGAUGGAUGCAAUGUCAGAACAUUAGUUCUGUUGUAGAUAAAAAGUCAGAGAUUGUACUCCCAGAGGAUUCAGCUUAAAACUUUGACAGUUAUUGUUUAAAAAGCAUUAUAGUUGCUGAAUACAGAACUUUAUUCCUCUGGUGGAACAUCAAUUUUAAGUUUUUGCCUCCAGAUUUCUGGUCAGACCCAAAGACGGGAGAGAAAAUUCAGAGUCCUCGGUGAUGGUGCCGUUCACCAGCUGGACAGAACUGAUGGCCAUCUCUGUAGCAUGCACAGAGAGGACAGUGAAGCAAUCAUUUUAACAGAAAUUCAAUGCGGUGUGUCAACCUUCUUAACUGCACACUCGAGGGGAAAACUAAGGAGCAAAUGCUGUUACGAUGCCCAUAAUUCCUCCUUAAUAAAUCUGAAGUAAUGGCCCUGAAGAGUAGUGAAUGAAGCAGAUGUCUGGAUGAGAGGCCAGUCUGAGUAUAGAAAUGAUCUUCAUGGUUCAUAAUUAUUCUUGUCUGUAAUGUUUGGCUUCUUUGCUGUAAUAAAGAACACUU